AUGGAAGAUUUGGACAAGGACAUACGAGCCACUGCGAGAGGUUUUCAUUGCAUCCUAUGCAAUGUGAAUGUACCAAAUAGUAAGUGAAUGUCGUAGUUUAGCUAUUUGAUUGCAGUUAGCUAGCUAACGGCUAACCACAAACCAACCAGCUAUAUGGCUAACUUACUUUGUAAGAUAGCUAACGUUAGCUAGCUUAACUAGAUAACUGUUAACUAGCUAGUUCAUUACCCUAUCGUCUCUGUAAAAUAAUAAGCCAAUCUUACAGGUGGCUAGGACAGUAACGUUAGCUAGCUAACCUUUUAGAAUUUCUAUGAUAUUUUAGCAAUUUCAGUUAGGCUUAGCUAACUAUAUCAAUUCAUGACAAUUGAUAUGCACGCUGGCUUAGUUUUACACAUGUCUGCUGGAUAAUCUAACGUUAUGCAUAUCCGUUUUGUGAACAAUUUUCUUUACUGACUGGAAAACACUGAAUCAACAGAGGCCAGUCUGGAUGCCCAUGUGAAAGGGCGAAAGCAUGUGAAGCUGAGCAUUGUGCGGGCGACUCGGAAGGCUCAGGUGGAGAACAGUGUGUUUGUCAGUGGGAUCAAACCGGAUACAGCUCAAGCCGACCUUGUAGACUACUUCCAAAGGUUUGGACCAGUGUCAGAGGUCAUCAUGGACAAGGACAAGGUGCGCUCUCUAAGUAGUAGGAGUGCUGAUCUAGGAUCGGGUCCCUUCUGUCAAUAUAAUCUUAUUCAUUAUGGUCUAAAAGGCUAAACUGAUCCUAUAUCAGGAUUCCUACUCUGACACUCCUUGUGAAUAUGGUGUGUUUGAGAGCAGUAUGAAAGCUGGUUGGGUAGUAGCUAUGGAAAUAACCUUUUUAUAUUGCGAUGGAUUAUCCUUGUUAUGGCUUGGAAUGGGAUUAGUUUUCAACCAACCUUUAUUUGGCGAUACUUCCUUAAUUCUCGACUUGGAAGGCACCAGUUCUAAACUUCCAUAGUUUGUUGCAGGGGAACUUUGGAAUUUAGGAAAUGCUCUGUUAUUAAAUGAAAUAAAUUUUUGCACCAUGAAGUAUUCCAACAAUGUAUAUCUUUUUGAUUUCUGAUCUUCUCUCAAUUAUCGAGACAGGUGGGUGUCCACCCCAAAGUGCUACACGCCAUGACUGGACUCAGAAAUCAAGUGUCGCUUUGAAUGGCACUCGCCUUAAUCGAUCAAUGAGAAAAUAUCAGAAAUCGAAAAGAUGGCGGCAUAUACAUUGUUGAUUACUUCAUGACGCAAAACUUAAUUACAUUUAACGGAGCAUUUGCUAAAUUCCACCUGCAACUAGCCAUGUGAGUUUAAUAAUAAUAUGCCAUUUAGCAGACGCUUUUAUCCAAAGCGACCUACAGUCGUGUGUGCAUACAUUUUUACGUAUGGGGGGUCCCGGGGAUCGAACCCACUAUCCUGGCGUUACAAGCGCCAUGCUCUACCAAUUGAGCUACAAUUGAAAUCACUGGUGACUUCCAAGCUGAAUUAAGGAAGUAUCGGCAAGUAAAGGUUGGUUGAAAAAUAAUGCCUGAUGGAUUGAACAUCCCAAACCAUAACUAUUAAAGGAAAACUCCACCCCAAAACUAUAUUUUGGUAUUUGUUUCAUUAGUCCAUUGUUGAUAUAGUCCCAAAAUGUUUUGCAUGUCAGCAAUCAAGUUUUCAAGACAUGUAACUUUCAAAAUACAGAAAUCUGGCAGAUUUCUUUAUUUUGAAAGAUACGUAUCUUAAACUUGAUUGCUGACAUGCAAAACAUUUAAUGGUAGGAUAAUCUAUUGCAUUAUAAAGGUUAUUUCCAUAGCUAGCCGGAGAGGAAUAUUCUUUGCAGUAUUCUUAUGGCCCCCCACCCCUAACAGUUGGUUAAUACAAUCCUCGGACAUACCCCUUGUCAUAAGUCUAUAAUCCAUUGUGUUCCGUCCACAGGGUGUGUAUGCUAUCGUGGAGUUCAGUGAGAAGGACAGUCUGCAGGCCACGCUGUCCCGGUUAGAGCAUGACAUGAAUGGGCUAAAGCUGCGGGUGAAACCCAGGGAGAACAAGGAGUUCAAACUGAUCCCUAAGAAGAGGCAGGAUUCCAAGAACCUGCAGCAGAUACUGGAGCGGCUCACCCCAGAGCUGUGCCAGACUGCUUCUGUGAGUGUUCUUUAGUUUAGUAUCUCUCUUCAUUUCAUGUUCCAUUACUCUUUCACUCUGGUAUGCGCUAGUAAGGCUUUAUUCCCUGUAAGGAAUGAUAAAGAGGGUAAGUAUUAAAGUGCUGAUGAAUAUGAUGUUAUUGAAGUGGUCCUCUGUCUCCAGGUGAAUGAACAGAUGCAGAAGGUGGUGGAGCGAUUCCAACUGGGGGAGAAUGAGAAAAAGGCCAGAGAGUUACUGGUGCAACUGCUCCAGGAGGUGUUCACAGAGUUCUUCCCAGGUAGGCCAACUCUUAUUGAGCCCAACUCUCAUUGAGCCAAAACAUGUAGCUUGAAGUACAAAUUGCCCCUAACCACAGACCAAGGAUCAGAUUACCCCCACUCAUAAUCUUAACCACAAGGGGGAUGAAAAAUAGCUAACCCCGUGUCAGUGAAUAGGGGCAGAAAUUGUGGCCUUUGAUGUUUGUGUGUUGGCUUGGUGCAGAUAGUCAGAUCCUGGCCUUCGGUUCCUCCGUCAACACAUUUGACAUCCACUCCUGUGACUUGGAUCUGUUCCUGGACCUGGACAACACCAAGGUGUUCCAAGCUCGGGCCAAGAGUUCUUCCGAACAGGUGUGGUGGUGUCACCUUUUAUAAUGUCCCCCAGCGUCUCAAUGUCUUUUAAAUUAGCACUCCUCUUCCUCUGAUGCCCUCCAGGCAGGGGAAGGUCCGUCGGACGACGCCCGCUCUGAGGACUCCAUCCUGUCCGACAUCGACCUCUCCACCGCCUCGCCGGCCGACGUGCUGGAGCUGGUGGCGGCCAUCUUGAAAAAGUGCGUCCCUGGGGUGCACAAGGUCAUGCCGGUCAGCGGCGCUCGCCUCCCUGUUGUUAAGUUCAUCCACAAGGAGCUCAAUCUCCAGGGGGACGUGACUAUCAAUAACAGGUCAGCCUAUACGAUGCUACUGUCAUAAUUAAAUAGAACAAGUCAUUUAAUGUAUCUCUAUUGCUACUGUACUGUAUGUGGCCCAGACCCAAACUGACCCCUAGCCCUACAUCCUAGAAACCCAAUAAUGAUCAGAAAAGUCCCCGACAACAACUCUUAGUAUUUCGGGUAUGAAGAUAAGCGUGAUGGGUCCCCACCAACCAACCUUCCUAAUCUCUCUUCCUCCAUCCCUCAGACUGGCGGUGAGGAACACCCGUUUCCUGCAGCUGUGCUCAGGGCUGGACUCCAGGCUGCGCCCUCUGGUCUACACCAUCCGCUACUGGGCUAAACAGAAGCAGCUGGCUGGUGAGUGAUCUUCACAGCACCCUGUAUGAGAAACUAACAUCUUAGAUCAAAACCAUUUUGAACUGUAUUCUGUAGGGGGCAGCAGAACCUUGCAUGUGGACUUUCUAUCACCUUUUUGGUUACAGACAAAACAGUAUUAUGCCUCUUUGUGCCACAUGCUUGUCAUGACUGUUUUGUUUCUAUGCUGUUUCUCCCAUAGGUAAUCCCAGUGGUGCUGGACCCUUGCUGAAUAACUAUGCUUUGACCCUGCUGGUGAUCUUCUAUCUGCAGAAGUGUGACCCUCCUGUUCUCCCCACAUUGGACCAGCUGAAGGGCAUGGCCUGUAUGUACUUCUUCCUGUCUGCACCGCUUUAAAGCUCAACACAAAUACCACAUGCAUGCUGAUAACACACAUCUCAUCUCAAGUCAUUUCUAAACUAAACAAAAAUAUAAAUGCAACAUACAACAUGUCUGGUGAGUAUGCAGGCCAUGGAAGAACUGGGACAGUUUCCGCUUCCAGGAGUUGUGUACAGAUCCUUUAGACAUGAGGUCGUGCAUUAUCAUGCUGAAACAUGAGGUGAUGGCGGCGGAUGAAUGGCACGACAAUGGGCCUCAGGAUAUCGUCACGGUAUCUCUGUGCGUUCAAAUUGCCAUUGAUAAAAUGCAAUUGUGUUCAUUGUCCGUAGCUUAUGCCUGCCCAUACCUUAACCCCAUCGCCACCAUGGGGCCUUCUGUUCACAGCGUUGACAUCAGCAAAGACGCCCACAUGACGCAAUAGACGUGGUCUGCAGUUGUGAGCCCGGUUGGAAGUACUGCCUCAUCCUCUAAAAUGACUUUGGAGGCGGCAUAUGGUAGAGAAAUUAACAAAAAUUCUCUGGCCACAACUCUGGUGGACGUUGCUGCAGUUAGCAUGCCAAUUGCACGCUCCCUCAAAACUUUUGAGAGAAAUAAACUUUUGGUGAUUAUUGAACAAUUCUGGGAUCUUUUAAUUCAGCUCAUGAAACAUGGGACCAACACUUUACAUGUUGCGUUUAUAUUUUUGUUCAAUGUAAUUAGCGUGUACAUGACUUCUAUUACUAUUAUGACUAGUAUUUGUACCCUAUAUUAACCGACAUAGUCCACUAUAUGGCAGACAAUAGGUUUAACCUGAGGAUGUGUAUAGUUUUGUACUUAGUGAAUUCAAUUUAUUUGUGUUCAUGUUUUUUUCACUGUUCUUCUCUUCCUCUAAGGUGAGGAGGAAGUAUGUGUGAUCGAAGGCUGGAACUGCACCUUCCCCAGUCAGCCCAUUGCUGUGCCCCCCAGCAAGAACACCCAGGAUCUGUGUAGGUUACACCAGAAAUUGCAUGAAAAAUACAUCCAACCAUGCAGGGAAAAAAAGAAUGGGCCGCGUAAAAUUAUUUAUAUACAGUGAGGGAAAAAAGUAUUUGAUCCCCUGCUGAUUUUGUACGUUUGCCCACUGACAAAGAAAUGAUCAGUCUAUAAUUUUAAUGGUAGGUUUAUUUGAACAGUGAGAGACAUAAUAACAACAAAAGAAUCCAGAAAAACGCAUGUCAAAAAUGUUAUAUAUUGAUUUGCAUUUAAUGAGGGAAAUAAGUAUUUGACCCCCUCUCAAUCAGAAUGAUUUCUGGCUCCCAGGUGUCUUUUAUACAGGUAACGAGCUGAUAUUAGGAGCACACUCUUAAAGGGAGUGCUCCUAAUCUCAGCUUGUUACCUGUAUAAAAGACACCUGUCCACAGAAGCAAUUAAUCAAUCAGACUCCAAACUCUCCACCAUGGCCAAGACCAAAGAGCUCUCCAAGGAUGUCAGGGACAAGAUUGUAGACCUACACAAGGCUGGAAUGGGCUACAAGGCCAUCGCCAAGCAGCUUGGUGAGAAGGUGACAACAGUUGGUGCGAUUGUUCGCAAAUGGAAGAAACACAAAAGAACUGUCAAUCUCCCUCGGCCUGGGGCUCCGUGCAAGAUCUCACCUCGUGGAGUUGCAAUGAUCAUGAGAACGGUGAGGAAUCAGCCCAGAACUACACGGGAGGAUCUUGUCAAUGAUCUCAAGGCAGCUGGGACCAUAGUCACCAAGAAAACAAUUGGUAACACACUACGCCGUGAAGGACUGAAAUCCUGCAGCGCCCGCAAGGACCCCUGCUCAAGAAAGCACAUAUACAUGCCCGUCUGAAGUUUGCCAAUGAACAUCUGAAUGAUUCAGAGGAGAACUGGGUGAAAGUGUUGUGGUCAGAUGAGACCAAAAUGGAGCUCUUUAGCAUCAACUCAACUCGCCGUGUUUGGAGGAGGAGGAAUGCUGCCUAUGACCCCAAGAACACCAUCCCCACCGUCAAACAUGGAGGUGGAAACAUUAUGCUUUGGGGGUGUUUUUCUGCUAAGGGGACAGGACAACUUCACCGCAUCAAAGGGACGAUGGACGGGGCCAUGUACCGUCAAAUCUUGGGUGAGAACCUCCUUCCUCAGCCAGGGCAUUGAAUAUGGGUCGUGGAUGGGUAUUCCAGCAUGACAAUGACCCAAAACACACGGCCAAGGCAGCAAAGGAGUGGCUCAAGAAGAAGCACAUUAAGGUCCUGGAGUGGCCUAGCCAGUCUCCAGACCUUAAUCCCAUAGAAAAUCUGUGGAGGGAGCUGAAGGUUUGAGUUGCCAAACAUCAGCCUCGAAACCUUAAUGACUUGGAGAAGAUCUGCAAAGAGGAGUGGGACAAAAUCCCUCCUGAGAUGUCUGCAAACCUGGUGGCCAACUACAAGAAACGUCUGACCUCUGGGAUUGCCAACAAGGGUUUUGCCACCAAGUACUAAGUCAUGUUUUGCAGAGGGGUCAAAUACUUAUUUCCAUCAUUAAAAUGCAAAUCAAUUUAUAAAAUGUUUGACAUGCUUUCUUCUGGAUUUUCUUGUUGUUAUUCAGUCUCUCACUGUUCAAAUAAACCUACCAUUAAAAUUAUAGACUGAUUUCUUUUUAUAGACUUUUUUUCAUUUCUUUGUCAGUGGGGAAACGUACAAAAUCAGCAGGGGAUCAAAUACUUUUUUUCCCUCACUGUAUACACUACCAGUCAAAAGUUUGGACACCUACUCAUUCAAGGGGUUUCCUUUAUUUUUACAUUUUUUUACAUUGUAGAAUAAUAGUGAAGAUGUCAUAACUCUGAAAGAACACAUAUGGAAUCAUGUAGUAACCAAAAAAGUGUUAAACAAAUCUAAAUAUUUUAUAUUUGAGAUUCUUCAAAUAGCCACCAUUUUCCUUGAUGACAGCUUUGCACACUCUUGGCAUUCUCUCAACCAGCUUCAUGAGGUAGUCUCCUGGAAUGCAUUUCAAUUAACAUGUGUGCCUUGUUAAAAGUUAAUUUGUGGAUUUCUUUCCUUCUUAAUGUGUUUGAGCCAAUCAGUUGUGUUGUGACAAGGUAGGGGUGGUAUACAGAAGAUAGCCCUAUUUGGUAAAAGACCAAGUGCAUAUUAUGGCAAGAACAGCUCAAAUAAGCAAAGAGAAACGACAGUCCAUCAUUACUUUAAGACAGGAAGGUCAGUCAAUACGGAAAAUGUGAAGAACUUUUAAAGUUUCUUCAAGUGCAGUCGCUAAAACCAUCAAGUGUUAUGAAACUGGCUCUCAUGAGGACCGCUACAGGAAUGGAAGACCCAGAGUUACCUCUGCUGCAGAGGAUAAGUUCAUUAGAGUUACCAGCCUCAGAAAUUGCAGCCCAAAUAAAUGCUUCAGAGUUCAAGUCACACACAUCUCAACAUCAACUGUUCAGAGGGGACUGUGUGAAUCAGGCCUUCAUGGUUGAAUUGCUGCAAAGAAACCACUACUAAAGGACACCAAUAAGAAGAAGAGACCUGCUUGGGCCAAGAAACACGAGCAAUGGACAUUAGACUGGUGGAAAGUUGUCCUUUGGUCUGGAGUCCAAAUUGGAGGUUUUUGGUUCCAACCGCCGUGUCUUUGUGAGACGCGGUGUGGGUGAACGGAUGAUCUCUGCAUGUGUAGUUAGGCGUUAUGGUGUGGGGGUGCUUUGCGGGUGACACUGUCUGUGAUUUAUUUAGAAUUCAAGGCACACCUAACCAGCAUGGCUACCACAGCAUUCUGCCAUUCCCAUCUGGUUUGGGCUUAGUGGGACUAUCAUUUGUUUUUCAGCAGGACAGUGACCCAACACACCUCCAGGCUGUGUAAGGGCUAUUUUACCAAGAAGGAGAGUGAUGGAGUGCUGCACCAGAUGACCUGGCCUCCACAAUCCACCGACCUCAACCCAAUUGAGAUGGUUUGGGAUGAGUCGGACGGCAGAGUGAAGGAAAAGCAGCCAACAAGUGCUAAGCAUAUGUGGGAACUCCUUCAAGACUGUUGGAAAAGCAUUCCAGGUGAAUCUGGUGGAGAGAAUGCCAAGAGUGUGCAAAGCUGUCAUCAAGGCAAAGGGUGGCUAUUUGAAGAAUCUCAAAUAUAACAUAUUUUGAUUUGUUUAACACUUUUAUUGGUUACUUCAUGAUUCCAUAUGAGUUUUUUCAUAGUUUUGAUGUUUUCUCCAUUAUUCUACAAUGUAGAAAAUAGUAAAAAUAAAGAAAAACUGAGUACUGUAUAUAUCCAUUUAUCAGACACUUUUAUCCAAAGCGACUUAGUCAUGUGUGCAUACAUGGGUGAUUCCGGGAAUCAAACCCUCUAUCCUGGCGUUGCAAGCGCCAUGCUCUACCAACUGAGCUACAGAAGACCAGACCAAGCUACAGAAGAUGUGAGAACAGUUAGCACCUUCAAUUCUACUAUUGAUAUUCUAUUUGGUUUAGAGAAAAACUAAGAGGACCAAGCCGCUCUUCAUAAAAGUAAUUGAAAUGCCUUAGUUGUAUUGGCAGAUAAAAUCUGUUUUUAGACAGAUUUUAAAAACUCUGCCGCCGUUUGGCAUUCGUUAGGGCGUGAUGGUGGAGUUGGAUGUAUUUUUUUCAGGUUCUUAAUGAAAUACGUCCUCCUCUUGCCCAACUUGCCCCAAGUAAAUCUUUGGUUUAACACCCUCUGAUGUUUUUCCACUGAUUGAUUUUAGGCUGAAGAAUAGCGUGAAGCUUUCAUUUGUUUUUCUCUGUAGGUGCCCUGCUCUCGGGCUUCUUCUCCUUCUACGCCCAGUUCGACUUUGCCAGCUCUGUCAUCUCCAUCAGGGAGGGCUGCUCUCUCCCCAUCACCAGCUUUCUUAGCCUAGACAAGGUAAAGGGGGAAGGGGCGGCCAUGGAGCAGGAGAGGUCCUCAGGCCCUAAGCUGGGCCCCCUCAACGUGCUGGACCCCUUCGAGCUGCACCACAAUGUGGCGGGAAACCUAACGGAGCGCAGCCAGAGAAGCUUUCAAAGGGAGUGCCAGGAGGCAGAGAAGUACUGCCGCAGCCUGCAGUACAAGCGCAAGUCCACCAAAGGUAAGGUGUGGGGCCUGGUGCGCCUUUUCACCCCCCGGGACGAGGGCCCUCACCCCCACCACCACAAGAGGGCUGAGGGGGCGGAGAGGGAGCUAGCCAUCAGCAUCCCCUUCAAGGCGGCUUCGCUCCCCGAGGUGGUCCGCAGCCAGCUGCGCUCUGCAGGGGAUGGCUUCCGCCUGCUCUGGUUCCAGAGGGUGUGCUCUGCAGUGGAGGGGGUGUUUCAGGGAGUCCUCAAGUGCAGCCUAACUAACACAUUCAUGGGGGAAAGUACUGGAGCUGAAGGAAUGGAUACUGCAUCACCGAUUGGCAAAUCAACAAACAACAAUGGUGAGGACACCAGCCGCCGUGACUGCAGCCCCCAGAGCAAGGCCACCCCGGGAGCCAAGAGAGCCCUGCUGUCCUCUGAGAGCAGCGACGCCUCCGUGUCCCCGCAGGGCAAGAGGCCCAGGCUGGACAGUUACAUUGGGCCCCAGCCUGGGUCUCCACGCUGGACCUACGUCCAGAGGCACAGGGUGUGGGCGGGCCGUCGGAAGGUAAGGAGGGAGCUGCUAAAAGGGGUGAUGGACAUGGACUCCAGGCCAGAGGGCAGCAGUGUGGAGCUGGAGACCCAGGUGACUCAGAACAUAGUGGACAAGGAGCCGGAGGACAAGGAGCCGCUGGAGUUCCAGGUUCAGGCCCAGGUGGUGGGCGGCACAGAGAGCACCAAAGCCAUGAUCAAGUUCCGACCCUCUGCCGAUUGCGCUGGACUGUUCCAGGACUUCUUUCACUUCUUGGAGAUGUUCUUGCCCAAGAUGGCCGACACACUGAUGGGGAAGACUGGGUAGAAGAUGGCAGAUGAUGCCGGACUGUUUUUUAAAAGGGUUGUGUGUGUUCUGAUAAUUAUCCCUUUUUCUUUUUUUUUUCUGGAAAAGUGGGUGAAACUGGCCAUUUUACAUUAUUUUCAUAUUAUUAGAUUUUUUUGUUGUUGAUAAAAGUAAAGAAGUUGUCUCUUCUUGAAAGCUGUUCCGACCAAGAUGGCUCUGAAGUGUUAUGAAAGGGCUUGAGUAAAGCUUGUAUUGAUAAAGCCAUGAAAAAUAUUGAUUGUGCGCUGUUAUGGAAUUAAGUUAUGUUUUAUUUGUCUUAGAUUAGGGUUGGCCAUUGUUUUAUUUGAAGUGCCCUGCAGCAAUACUCCUUUGUAUUGUUUCAGUGAUUUGUUUGAUUUGACCUCUUGUUUUAGUGUGCCCCCUUAUGAGGGGCAAAAAAUUGUUUGAAGGGAAUUAAUGUAAGUAACAGACAUUGCCUCUGCACACAACCACCAUUAACUGAGGCUAUUGAAAACUGUUCUCAACAGUUGGAAUAAAUGAAAAACAACUUUAUCAAGCAAUAGGACAACUUGAAUCUUUUUUUAAAUUUAUAUUUUCAUACGCCGACUUUUGCGCUCUGUCCUGGCGGCGUUGUGCCACAGAAUCUAUCCAAUGUUUAAGUAUUGUAGAAGCUCCCAUGUCCAUAAAUCACAAUGGUAGGCAGUCCACUUUAGGUCUCCAGGAGGACUUGUCUGUUUGUUACACAGGUCAUAAAUACAUGGUGCAUGCAUCAUUGACCCUCUGUCCACCAUUGAAACAGCCUGGCAGACACAGGUCUAUGCCAGGGGAAGUGUGUUUACUGGAAGCCUGGUCCAGAUAGGCCCCUCUGCUCAUACGACUCAGACAAACAACUGCAGUUGUUAGUUUGAAUCCCUGAGCCGACAAGGUGAAAAAUC